CUGGGCCACACGACUGCUGACUUUGUCUGCCGUCGUCAUCAGCGCACAUACAUUUCUUUAUACUAUUCUGCGUAUCUCUAUUUCUUUUUCCUCCAUCGUUCGUGUUUGAUGAGAAUUCUAAUAUCUGUGGUAUUGUGUAGUUUCGUAAAUCUCAUUGGAAACAAGAUUUCACACGCGUAGUCAGUUCUUGCGCAUAUGAUGCCCUACAAUGUCCUUAACGUCUUCUUGGGAUGAUCGUGAACGUAUCCAGUGAACUCAUAUGUGGGUAUGUGUGGAGCGUGACUGCUGCGCCGUGCAGGAACUUUGUUGGGCUUUUUUACUACAGUGCCAGAUGACGUGGGUGAAUGCAGACGCUCAUUCGAAGCCUGUGCGUUGAAUGUAUCUUAUCGAAUAUACUGGUAUCUUUAGACACCGAGAAAAUUAAGGACAAACAAGUGUUUCUUAAAUCCUGCUACAUUACGCUGUAUAUGUUGUCUUUUCGACAUUCAUGUAAAAAAGACAUUGCAACUCAUGCGAAACUCACACCGAUCGAUAAGCUUCUUUCUACUUCCUGCUGACCGGUGAAAUGGAUCGUUUGGUGCUGGAACGAAUUUGAUUUGUCAAGAGAAAAAAGAAAACUCAUCCAAAAAGAACCGUGAGGAGGAAAAUUUCAUUCUUUCCGUCGGACGUAAAACAGUCGCAAUGGAGAGGCUUUACAGUGAUGGAGGUAGCAGUGACUCGUCUUCUUAUCCGGAAUAUCGUUACAAUAGUGCAUCCUCUCCGGUCGUGUUGGACAGUGGUGCCACAGCUGCGAGCGGUCGAAAUGGCGGAGUCAAGUACUGCGGUGUUUGUGGAGACGUUGCCAAGAGUUACCAUUUCGGUGGGCUCUCUUGCGAUUCGUGCAAGGCUUUUUUCCGUCGAUCCGUCCAGAAUGAUAACUACCUCCAUUUCCAGUGCUGUCAUCGCGGUCAGUGCACCAUUUCGCUAUCCAACCGCAAGAGCUGUCAGUACUGCCGGAUGAAACGCUGCUUCGGUAUCGGAAUGGAAAAGAGCUGGGUCAUGACGGAAGAGGAACGCAAAGCCCUGAUGAAAGCCAGAGCCGAGAAGAAAACUAGUAAGAGGUCACCAACGACGUCAUCAUCAAGCUCAAAUGUCAGUUCCCAAAAUUUGAAUUCUUCGUCCAACUCGAGCGGAGGAGAGCAGAGUCCUUCAGUAGCACCAUCUAACGAAUACGAACCGCAGGUUGAACGAAUGAUCGACUUUUUGGCCCCUCUAGAAAUCAAAGAAAUUGAAUCGAUCGUCACGAAAUACAUGCACGCGUACCAACACGUGCCCUAUCGUUCAGAAUUGCGUUUCUAUGAUAACGAUCGUCCAGGCGUCCAAGUGAUGGAGAUGUUUGGCACUCUGAUUCGUCGUUUCGCCUUUUACGCUCGCUUGAUGGCCGAUUUUUCAAGUUUGCCUUUUCACGAUCAGAGUAUCCUGCUCAAAGGUGGCGUCCUGGAAAUGUGUCUACUGCGUGGCGCAUUAGUUUUUGACCCCGAGACCAAUCGUUGGCCAACUGCCAAUAUGUCCAUGUACAAGGACAUGCCCAUCCUCAAGUUGGACAAUAUUGUUCAUUUGACAUCAUCUCGUCUCUUUCAGAUGCAUCUCGAUUUUAUUUCCUGCAUUCAGCAAAUGUCUGUCGACGAGCCGACCAUCAUGUUAUUGAUCUUGAUAGUCCUCUUCACUCCCGAGAGGACCGGUCUCGUUCAUGCGGAUUGGAUCGAGAAAUUCCAGUCGUACUAUACGACAUUGCUGGAACAUUACCUCAAUUGGCGUUUCGGUACGGCCAAAGCUAAAUUCAUUUUUGGCAAAAUGCUGACCAAACUAAGUGAUUUGAGAGAGCUAAGUGACACCCAUAAUCACCACAAUCUUCGAUUAGGCAACGAAGAAGUCUCGUCAAUCCAAAAUCAGUUGAAUAGUUUAAAGCUCAAUCCAUAUCCGGAACUUAAAGUGAUUCAUGACGACAACGAAGCAACUGCUCCAGUAGAAAAUACUUGCCAUCCACCGUAUAGCACCAGUCCGACUUUGAAAGCUAAGGAGAUUUCCAAUUGCUUAUCUGAUGUCGAAUUGGCUGGAGCAUCUUCGGCGGAAUCUUCAUCGUAUCAACAGGCGCCAGUCUUGCCAGUAUCUACACAUCCGUCUUACACCGAACGGCAGUUAGAGCAACAGGCCUAUCAGCACCAGGGUUGUCAAACUGGCCAAACGCACGGGUAUAACGCUCAACAGCUGCAAACGCAAUUUUUAGCUCAACAACAAAUGGCUCCGCCUCAACAACCUCCAACCAGUCAAGCAUACCAACAACCACCAACCAGUCAGGGAUAUCAACAAGCACAGACCAGCCAAGGAUACCAACAACCUCCGAUGAAUAUGGCAUUGCAAUUUAUGCAAGCGAUGCAACAAUCAGUCAGUCAGGUGGCCAAUGCCCCUCAUUUUGGCUAUGAAUGGGUUAAGCCUGAUUAUCAAUUCGAUCCUGCUACGGCAUUCGCUGAAAUCGGACCAGGCAAAAUCGAUCCCAUGUUGAAAGCUGCAACUCUAAUGAAUAGCUCCCAAAGUCCACCAUUGACUGAAAGAGAUAUUGAUGAACUCUACGACGCAUUAGAUGAGUUUACCGGUAAAGACAUUGUUGAAGAACGGAUCCUCCAAACAACCAAUAGUCAACAUCUGUAUCAUCAGUAAACAUUUGCUUAGCACGCUACCACUUUUUGUAGUUGAAAUUAUCUGAUAAGUUAAAAACGUCCCCAAUUGGAAGUCCACAUCAUAUUUCAUUCAUUCUGAUUCCCGUUCUCUUUCGCUUGUAACUGUAAUUUUUUGUUUAAUGUCUAAUCAGCUGUUUUCGGUGGUAAAAUGAUAAAUCAUUGUUCUCUUUAUGUUUGAAUGUGAACUGUUUCAAUAUAAAAUCAAUGCAUUUAUGUUUGCUCGUAGUACACGAGCUUUGGAAUGUGAUUUUUACCUGUACCUUUCAACUAUAAUCCUGUCCCUACAUUUAACAGAAAAUCUGCUCACGAUACCUCAUCACUGGGGAAAAUGAAUGAAUAUGUAAACGUGAUUCGGGUUUAUGCUGCACUUGUGUGUUCUUCCUUGUACCUUUUGUUACUGACACGUGGUCUAUGUAUAUACAUAUAUAUAUAUGCAUGAAGCAACAAAACAAAACAAAAAAACAACACGUAGCAUCCAUCGAUUUAUUUGUUCCAUUAUACACUGUUAUAUUUCAUAUAAUUGUCUAUUUAGAGAUACACAUACACUGCAAAAGAAUACAUUAUAGUAAAUAUACUGGAACAA